AUGAAGGAGAGCAACAUCAGCAGGGAGAAAACUCUGAAGAUGCCCUUGAAUAUGUCUGACACACCUCAACAGCACCAGCAAAUGAGAAUCUGGCAGCAGAACCUCAACAAAUCUCUCCAUGCCCAAUUAGAUCUCCUACAUUCAGCUGACCCGAAUGACUUUGACAUCCUCCUACUACAAGAACCACACAUAGACCACCUCGGAAACACAAGGGCUAAUGCACAUUGGGCUGUCAUCUACCCAGACCGGCACCUAAGAGACCCGAAAAAGACAAGAUCAGUAAUCCUCAUAAAUAAGAAGGUAUCAACAACUUCAUGGACCCCAAUCGCCACACAAUCCUCAGAUAUCAUGGCGAUACAGCUGCAAGGUGAUUUCGGAACAGUCAGGAUCUUCAACAUAUACAACGACUGCCAAAAUGAUGAUUCACUGAACAUGCUAGCCAACCACCUCCGCACACAGGAACACAGGGAGCAUCCUGUGGCUCCUAUGCGGAUGGUAUGGGCUGGUGACUUCAACAGGCAUCACCCACUGUGGGAUGAGGAGAGAAACAACCACCUAUUCACAACACCAUCAAAUGAUGAUGGUACUUCUGAAAGACAUACCAACCCUCGAGGCAUCAACAAUGAAGAAUACUACAAGAGUUGA